AUGGAAACUGGUCUUCUUGGACAUGCUGAACAAAAAGCACCAACCUCAUUACAAAAAUGUAUAUUGGGGUUAGUUGCAUUGUUAAUUAUUUUCCAAGCAUUUGUACUUAUUUUUAUAUUUACUUCAGGAUAUGUUACACUUGAUAAUUAUCAACUAUCUGCACAAAACAUAAUGGAUAAAGCCGUUCAAGAUGUCGAUGAGGGAUUAACACAACCUACAUUACCAAAAUCAUUUGUUACACCUUAUCAACUCCCACGAUAUUGUCAAUAUAAUAGAGGAACAUGUUGGGCAUUAGCUACUAUUGGUCUUUUGGAACAAUCAUAUAGAGAUAAUGGUAUUAGAAAAGGAUUCCUUAAAGAUAACGAAUAUCUUAGAUUAUCACCUCAAGCAUAUGCUAUUGAUGUCUUAAAUCAAUGUGCCCUUCAUCCAGAAGCUUGUCCAGGUAAAGAAGGAAUUAAUAAUUCUACAGAAGGAGGAUAUGUAGAAUGGUUAUAUGCAUUCACUGAUUUAUAUGAUAAAGUUCUUCCAGAAAGUGCUUGUCCAUAUGCAGAAGAAAAUGAAGGACAAUGGGAAUGUGCUGACAAAGAAAAGAAACAAGCAAGCAAUCCAAUAAAAUUCAAUGUUACUAGUAUAACUACUAAGAGAAAUAUUUAU